CGUUUUUAAGGGGGGGGACUAAUUGGUGCUCCUUUUUUAAAAAAAAAGUGGGGACCCUAUUCUUCGAGGGGAUGGUUACCUCAAAACAAAGUUAAUGGACCUUCCCCAGCCCCUUUCACAUCUGUGUACUGGCGGCAAAUGUGUCUGCUGCCUCGCCCAUACUCAGUACAUUCCCUGCAUAGCCCGCAGCCAGAGCGAAGUGGCCCGUGUUCCUAUUCUUUCCCCCGGCGAUGACAGCUUUCCUAGGGGCUGGGUCUCCAGCCAGCAGCAGUGAGCAGCAGCAGCAGAUGGCAGCCUGCCUCCUAACGGCUGAUGUAAUUACUUGUGAGUGACUCAGAUCAAUUGUGCAUGUGGGGCCAGUUACACAUGCCUCUUUGCCUGGGAGAGAGGCCGUUCAGAGGAGAUCGUGCGACAGCACGCCUGCUCUUGCAGCGAGUUCCUGGUGGGGAGGGGGUGGGGGGGAGGAUUCCGGCUUGCUUUUCUCUCUCUCUCUCUCUCUCUCUCUCUCUCUGUAACGAGGGCCGUGCCGCAGGCAAUUAAACUUCCCAGCCGUUCCUGCCAGUCUCCCAAGUGCUGAGAUCGGAAGGCUGGAAAUCACUGCUCGUUGUCAUUAAAAGAACUGAGUAGCCGGGUUUCCUUCAACACAAGAGUUAGCCCGAAACAUACGGAACAGGACACUGAGGAGUCGCUACACUGGAGAGCGUCCAGAUUUACACUCUCAUCCUUGCCUGCGGAGCAGAUUCUCCACAGUGUCAAGGUCGACACUGCUGCAGCUGGAGGUGGAACCUUGCGGAGUCGGACGGGCGGUGCUAGCCGGUGGUCGCUUCGAAUGCGCGGACCCUGUGCCGAGUCUCUGCAGUACAAUGAUCGUUGUGAAUGAUAAGAUCCCGGAUGCUCGGAGUGUGGAACCUGCGCUGAUUCAGGGGAGUGUGCUUGGAGACGAAGACCCGUCACCGUGUGACGGGUGCAGCACCUACGGGACAACUUCGCAUCGAAGAAGUCAAGGCGACAGCCAUAGACAGUUCUCAAGUCCGCCCAUGAACUGCCACUCCUCGUUUCCAAGGCAAACAGCAGAGCAGCGCCACAGCAACAAUAAUGGGAGGGGGAGUCCCUCUGAGUCAUCGUCAAGCCACAGCAGAGAGGGGAACCAGCACUCUGAAGGAGCAGAGAUAAAAAACCACAAAAGGAAGCUGUAUCAUGGAGAGGAAAAUGAUAUAAAUUUACCAAAGCUACCAAGGACAACCCAUCACUUCAGUGCAAGGCUGGAAAAUGGUCACUUGCAAUUUCCGCAGGGCAUACAACAACAGGGCAGAAAGGACACACUAUUACCAGGUCAUAAAGAUCUCAGAGGAACAGAGGAGCUGGGACGAGUCAUACAUGAUGGCAGUAGUCAGUCUAAAACUUCUCACCGGGAACAACAAUAUGGAGCAAAUUUGGGUGCCCAGGAAAAUCCAAUCAAGCAUUACCAAAAUGGCAAAGGAGAACUGAAAUCAAGUUGCACCACUUACGAAAAGGUAUUGGUUCAGGGUUCUCUGACAGACAAUGACAAAGUGGCCCUCCGUAAAAAUGCAACUUGCCGCGAUCAUCUAGAGGAUCUGGGAAGGGCACCGUUGCUAUUCCCCGCUAACUCCCUCAGUAAGCCAAGCAGUGGGAACUGGAGAGACACUAAUAAACUAUUUAUUGGAAAAGAUGGUCAUAAAAUGGACAUUCUAAAAGGCCCACUGCAAUCUUCAUUUGACUAUCAGGCAUCUCACAGUUCAAAGUUCAAAUCAAAGGAAUCGUUGGGCAUGUUGAAUCGUUCGGAUUGCAAUGAUUUGCCUGCACAUAAGGAGGGGAACGCUGCAGAUGCACUUUGUAAAGUUUCAACUUGUGACAACGGUCAUAAGUUUGGCUUUCGGCACCCUUCACCCAAAGCCAGCAAUGCGGAUGGAUCAAAGAAGACCUUGGCUUUGAACAAGAGCAAUCCAUCUCCUUUGUACAAUGGAUCCGGGGUUCUGGAUGCCACCUGGCAUCCGUUCUACUCUGCACCUGCGUGCACUGAAAUUUCAGAACCUCAACUUGUUUCUUACGUGACCACAGGCGCAGGAUCAAGCACUUACUCUCCAUUACAUACUCAUUUCCCACACUUCCUCAGUGGCGGCUUAACUGUCGGCCAUCAGUCAUCUCUGUCGUCGCUGCUGGCUCUCAGUCCUCACGUGGACUCCACGUACGGCAGCAGUAUUGGACCUCUUGCCUCCGCUUACAGUUGUUACCAUCCAAAGCAUCUCCAAACCUCCAGCCAGGCCCAACUAACCGCAGCCUAUGGGCACCUCGGCCUAUAUCCCACAAUGUGGCAAAAUGUGAACAUCGACGUCCACUCAGGGUCAAGGUUAUCGGCUGCACAUCAGGGCUAUGUGAAUGGAGAGCCCUCCUUUAAUAUGGGCUUUCCCAACCCGUGGCCUCGACAUCAAUCUCAGAGAAAUGGUGCUGAUGACCAAACAGAACUGGGCCAAUAUUCCAGCUUGUCCAACACCAAGGAGCUUGCAGCAACUUCUGGUCCGAAAGCGAAUUCCACUUAUGUUUACAAAGGAGAUGCCAAUGGCACCAGAAUGUAUGGGGAUUUUUUACAUUCAUUUCCAUAUGGUUUGGGGAAAGUUGAGGUCCAAACUGCUCCAUGUUCUAAAGCUGGCAUCCAACCAAUUCCAGAAGGACAGCUGUACAAAGAGGCUGCCUUCAAACAGGACCUGGAAUGUGCCAGCCCCACUGAAGCACAUAAUGGCAAAAAGGACAAUACAAAUAUAAUUGCAGAGGCGACGGAUGGGAAACCACUCUCGCUGGUCUUGAAGAGAGAGCAGAAGAGCAGAUCUGGGGAACCUCCUUUGGCAUCUUCCAAUCUCGGGCCAGCUCUCGGCAGUAAAGAAUGGUCUGCACCAUCUUCGGGCUUCACGGUGUUGAACUGCUCUCCUGAUUUUUCCAGGAAAAUGGAACCUGCCGCCCAACAUCAGCAGCUCAUCAGUGAUGAAAACCAAAGGAGCCUAUCGUUGGAAGUGACCUCCUUGUACUCAGCUGUUAAUGGUGCCAGUCUGCAGCAUCCUCCCUUUCACAGGUCACCACGGGAAGCUGGACCAAAGGUGAAAGAUCAGUACGUCCAAUAUCAAGAACCACUUACCCUGUUUCCAGGUAGUUCAUCCGGCAACAAAAAUAACUUUCGAGACUUGAGUCAUGGACACUUUGCACAGAAAAGUGAUGUGCCUAAGGUGUUAGCUUUACCUGUGCCCCUUGCUACAUCUAUGGAGGUCCACCAGCCUGGUCCUUUCCCCUUGAUAAUGCCAAUGUCUAAGUCACCAGAUGUAACUAAAAUUCCAAAGGAUAUGGCAGACAAAGAUUCCAGUGGGAAUUCCAAACACAGAAGACUGGAGUCUGAGAAAGCUAAUCACAUUUUUGGUGUUCAUAAUCAAUUGCCUUCUGCUCCCUGCCUUCCAGCUACCACAAAGCAAAUUACAUUUGUCCCACAGAUGGAUCUGGGUGGGAAGCGAAGUCAAGGCACAUACCCCACGAUUGCUUGUACUGACAAUAGACAUCCGGAGAUAAAGGCUGAGUGCAAUCCUUCAAAUAAAGAACAUUGUUCCAACUCACCAACCCCUGUGCCAAGCAGUCAGGGUUUGGCUGAAUAUAGUUGCAAUUUGUCUCCCUCAAAGGGUGCGGUAAAUAGCAAACGAGCUUUGGAGGUAACCAAUGCCCCGGAUUACUACACACCCAAAAAGUACAAGGCAGCCAGGGCAGCUACCCCUUGUCCCACAAAACCCACCAGUGAAAGCCCGACUUCUGCUCAGACUAUUGAUGUGAAACGGGAAGCAAAUUCACCUAAAGUGCCCUCGACCAAUGUCUCGCCAGUGAAGCCUGCACCUGUGCAAGAUGCUUUCAGCACGAGCCUCUCUCUGCAGUCCAACCCGCACAAUUACCACACAAAGCUGAAGAAGGCUUGGCUCACGCGACAUUCUGAGCAGGACACCACGAGGGCCCGGCACACUGGCGAUACCAGCGGGACGGAUUCGGAGCCGACUGUGUCAAAAAGGCAAGGGUUGGAGCCGGCAGCCCUGCUCGGCGACUCGAGGCAGCCGGAAGAACGGGAGAGGGGCACGCCAGCCAGGGGCGGCAGUGAGAGCGAGAGCAGUGACCCGGCGGAAAGUCGACAUUGGCUCAGGGCAAGGCGAGAAGCCAGGGUCAACAACCAGCACAAGUCCGGCCAAAAACUGGGGGAGAACGUGGCGAAAAAUAGCAACAAGGCAAAGGAAGAGGAGGACCAGAAAGGAACCAGAAAAGCAGAGAACGAAAGUAGCAACAGGCAGAAUGACCGAUUGGACUUAUCAGGCCCCAAGGAGGCCCCGAAGCCAGCACUUCUCAAGAGUUCAGGAGAAUCGUUUCUCCAGGAUGUCCCGUGCACUGAGCUCUUCACAAACAUCCCUCGCUGCCGAGAUUGCUGGCCAAGUCGGAGUAGAAAGGGACAAGAAUCGCCUCCGUUGUCCUACUCUUGCAGGUUUAUGCAUCUCCGCAGGCUGUCUGUUGGUCGAAAUGGAGGUCUGAAGGUCGAAGGCUUCUCCACAGAAGACCAGAUCAAUGAGGAAACCCCGCUGGAGUCAUUUACCAGUGCUGCAGAGACUAGUCUGGACUCUGAUACUUCAGCCUACAUCUUGGGGCACGUGGGUGACCUUUUUUGUGGCCUCAUGCUGUCUGAGCGGGGACUGCUCGAGAGGGUUGGCAAAAGCUACGAUGGGGCCAUUGCUUGCAAGGCACCAAAUGGAGAGAAAGAGGAGAGGUGUGACAGCUGCCACUCUGUGGUGUUUAACCUUCACUGGGUCUGCCCGAGGUGUGGCUUUUUCGUCUGCAUGGAGUGUUACAACCUGAAGCAGAAAAAAUGCACAAGGAAUGAGAAAGAGAGGGGUGAAGACCUCACAGCAUGGCUGAAAUGUGCUAAGGGACACAAUCAUGAUGUGAAGAGCCUGCGGCCAACGCAGUUGGUUCCUAACUCUGCAUUGGUCAGCCUCUGUGAAAGGAUGCACAGAGACAAGAGCAGACUGGGCAUCAAAUCAAGUUGCACUUGUGUCGAUGGAGAUAAGAACCGGUUUAACAAAGCAGCUGCGGUGAACAGGAGUCCCAAGCCACAGACAGAGGCAAAGGCGGAAGAGACGUGCUCCCCGACGUCUGGAGACAAGCCUGCUAAGCCCAGGUCGAUGUACGAGCACAGCCAAGGGUCCAACAGCAACCACUCCUGCUCCCAGUCACCACUGCAUUGGCUGGCAGAGCUCGCUAUGCGCAAGGCAAAAGAGGAAGCAAGUGAAGCAGAAGAGAUACCAGGUAAUAGACGCAGAAACGCACCCUCGAAAAGCCCUGCAGACCAGGAGCCCAAGUCAGCCGAGCACUGUUCAACUCUGUGCGACCUGCUCACCAGCACAGCGGGGAAACUGCGCUUGGGAUCCACAGAUGCCGGCAUCGCAUUCGCCCCAGUCUACACAACAUUAAACAGUUGUACCGUAUCAUCACAGAGCAUGCCAAGCAUUCUGGAUGACAUCAUUGCGUCAGUGGUGGAGAAGAAAAUACCGAUCACCAGAGCUCCAAGGCCAAGUGCGGAAAAUCAGACGGGGAAGACGUCUCGGAUUAAAGAAUCUGACCAGGUCCCCGCGCAAAGCCAAGAACAGAGCUCCACCAUCCAUUACUCGUGGCUUGCCAAAGGAACUUUUCCGUGGAUACAGGAUCCCACGAACAAGGAUAACUGGAAAUUCUUCCAGGAAUACUGGAUAAAAGGGCUGCCUGUGCUGGUGUCUGGGGUCCUGACAGCCACAGACAGUAACUCCUGGGGACCUGAGUGCUUGAGGCAGGACCUGGGAGAGCAGAGUGUGAGCUUGGUCAACUGCAGGGACCACUCUGUCCUGACCAGAGCGAGGAGUAAGGAGUUUUGGGAAGGAUUCAAGACCAACUCCAGCUGCCACAGACUCAAGGGUAGAAGCUCGAAGAUCUUGCGGUUAGAUUACUGUGCCUCAGAAAAGGAGUUCUGUGAACAGAUGCCUGCUCAGUUCGAGGAGCUGCACCGGAGCUUGCCAUUACCGGAGUACACCAGGAACGACGGAAAACUGAACCUCGUGUCCCGCUUCCCAGAGGACACUGCCAAGUCUCAACUGGAGCUGAGGGUGUGCAGUGUGUACGGCCUGAGCCUGGAUGAUGGUAAUAAAGGAAGUACCAAUCUCCACCUGGAACUGACAGACACGCUUCACAUCUUGGUCCACACGGAGCCACCAAAAGAGGACCGGGACACCCUGGAGAAAGCAAUUCUAACCAGCCUGGAGGGAGACGCAGUGGAUGACGCAAUAAUGAAGCGACUGAGGGACCCAAAUGAGAGGCCUGGAGCUCUAUGGCACAUCUAUACCAGCCAGGACACAGAGAGGAUAAAGGAGUUUUUACAGAAGGUGGUGAGGGAAGGGGAUGCCGAAGGUCAGGAUCAAGUCUCCGUUCAGAGCUGUUACCUGGAUCAGAGCUUGAGGACAAAACUUCUUGAAGAAAGUGGAAUCCGGGGCCGGGCGGUGUUGCAGUUCAGGGGCGAUGCAGUCCUCAUUCCCACUGCAACCACCUAUCAGGUGCAGUACCUCAGCAGUUGUAUCUCUGUCACUAAACAGUUCGUCUCGCCAGAGCACAUCAAACACUCAUUCACAACAAGGGCUCUCACGGGAGAGAACAAGUCUCUGAUGCAAAAUGGACACAAACUACAGAUGAAGAGCAUUCUCUACGACACUGUGAAAGACUGCGUGGAGACGCUGGCAGCUACAGCACUGGGCUGAGUUCAGCAGCCUGUGGGGUGCACUGAAAAUUAAACAUGACGAUAAUAAAAUAAAUGAAGUUUUGUAAUAUAACA